AUGGUUAUAAAGAAGCCAAGAAUAGUGAUAAUUGGGGCGGGAAUGGCAGGGUUGACAGCUGCAAACAAGCUCUACAAAUCGGGUGCAAAAAAGGGUGCAUUUGAGGUUUGUGUUGUUGAAGGCGGGAAUAGAAUUGGAGGAAGGAUUAACACAUCGGAGUUCGGUGGUGACAGAAUUGAGAUGGGAGCUACUUGGAUCCAUGGAAUCGGAGGCAGCCCAGUUCACAAGAUUGCUCAAGAAAUCGGUUCGUUGGAAUCCGAGAAACCAUGGGAGUGCAUGAAUGGAUUCCUUGAUGAUCCAAUCACCAUUGAUGAAAAUGGGUAUGUGUUAAAUCCAUCUCUUGUUGACCCGAUUUCAAAUCUUUUUUUCAGUUUAAUGGAUUUCGCUCAAGGGAAAAAGAAAUCGGUAGUACCAGAUGGAAUUGAAGAAAAUCUCGGUGGGAUUACAAGUGUUGGGUCUUUUCUUGAAAAAGGCCUGGAAUCUUACCAGAAGCUAAAAUCAAGAAACGAGGUUAAUGGGUGUGGGGAUUGGAAUAGGAAAUCAUUAGAAAAAGCGAUUUUCGCAAUGCAUGAAAACACCCAAAGAACUUUUACAGCUGCUAAUGAUUUACAUAAUCUUGAUUACAUAGCGGAAAGUGAGUAUGUUAUGUUCCCUGGUGAAGAAAUCACCAUCGCGAAAGGGUAUUCGAGCAUUAUUGAAUCAUUAGCAUCUGUUUUACCAUCUGGUGUGAUUCAAUUAGGCAAGAAAGUUCAUGAUAUCGAGUGGCAUUCCAAUUCCGACUCCGAUUCCGAUUCCGAUUCCGAUCCCGGGUCCGGUUCAAGACCGGUUAAGAUUCAUUUUCUUGAUGGUACGACCAUGUCAGCAGACCAUGUCAUCGUCACGGUUUCAUUAGGAGUUCUCAAAGCCGGAGUCACGGAUUCCGAUUCCAAAGGUUCGGGUACUUUCAAAUUCAAUCCCCCACUCCCAAAUUACAAGAUUGAAGCUAUUUCAAGACUCGGGUAUGGUGUCGUUAACAAGCUUUUCUUGAAACUAAGCCCAGAUGUUGAUCUUGAUCGGUUUCCCUUCAUACAAAUGGUGUUCCAUAAAUCUGAUGAUCAACUGAAGAACCCUAAAAUUCCAUGGUGGAUCAGAAAAACUUCGUCUUUGUCACCAAUUUAUGAGAAGUCGAGCGUGUUAUUAUCUUGGUUUGCAGGUGAUGAAGCACAUAAGCUUGAAGCGCUUCCAGAUGAAGUGAUUCUUGAUGAGGUCUCCACAACUAUUUCUAGCUUCUUGUCGUAUAAAAAAUGCAACGGAAAUGCAAUCAAAAGUUGCAAAUUUGAUAAAGUUUUGAAAAGUCGAUGGGGGAGUGAUCCGUUGUUUAUGGGAUCGUAUAGUUUUAUAGCCGUUGGAUCAAGUAGCAAAGACAUGGAUUUACUUGCGGAGCCAUUGUCAAAUGGUUGUUCACCACUUCAGAUUCUUUUUGCAGGGGAAGCAACACAUAGAACUCAUUAUUCCACAACUCAUGGUGCUUAUUUCAGUGGUCUUAGGGAAGCCAAUAGGCUUCUUGAACAUUAUAAUUGUAUUGAUGUAUGA